GGAGGCGGCCGGCCCUGCCACUGACAGGUGCUGGCCUGAGGGCGCGGGUGUGGUCCCCUGUGCAGCUGGCAGCGUCGCCGGGUACUCGCAGCUUCCCGAGCCCCUAGCCGGCGCGGAGGGGGAGUCCGGGCGCGGCCUGGAGUCACUCGGUGGACUGGAGCGGCGGAGUUCCGCGCUCGAAACUUUGCAGGCGCCGCGGGCGCUUGGUGACCGUGCCAGCCCAGCCGGGCAGGUGCAGUGGGCGGAGGCGGCGACACCCCGCGGCAGGAGGGCCUCGGCCGCAGCCGCUUUGCUCCGAGCUGGCCUGAAGCCGCUGGGCACUCCUGGCUUGUGCUGCUGCGCCGGCCGCCGCCGUCGCCGCCACCGCCGCCUCCACGUUCUCGGGGGAGGCGCAGCCCGAGAGGGCGGAGGAGAGGCAGGAGGAGGCGACAGGAGGUGCCUGGGGUGGAGGAUGGAGCCCCGGGCAGCAGCGGCUGGAGAGCCCGAGCCCGCCUCGUCCCCCUCCUUCCAGGCCCGGCUCUGGAAGAACCUGCAGCUGGGUGUGGGCAAGGGCAAGGGCGGUGGGGGCGGGCGCACCGGGGGCCCCGAGCGCCGCACUGCGGCCACUGCGACCCCAUCCCCGCCGCCCCCGAGGGCCACGCAGGACGCACUGGCCGUUGUGGGGAGUACCGGCAGCAGGUGGAGCGGCUUCAAGAAGCGGAAGCAAGUGCUAGAUCGAGUGUUCUCGUCUUCGCAGCCCAACCUGUGCUGCUCCUCGCCGGAGCCCCUGGAGCCGGGAGGAGCUGGCAGAGCCGAGCAGGGGUCCGCGUUGCGCCGCCGCAUACGCGAACAUCUGCUGCCGGUGGCUAAGGGGCCCGCGACAGCCGCGGGGACAGCGGGAGUGACGCCUCCUGGCGGACGCUCUCCGGACUCAGCUCCUUCUUCCGCCUCAUCCUCGCUGUCCUCAUCUCCCCAACCGCCCCCGAGGAGAGACCGCGACCGAGAUGAAGGCGCACGGCGUAGGGGCUCUGGGGUGCACCUGUGCCACCAAAAGAGCUCCUCUCUUCCUGGCACCGCCUGCCUGGAGCAGUUGUUGGAACCCGCGCCACCUCCGGUAGAACCCGCCCGAGGUCCCGCCGAGCCCCAGGCUUUGCCUAAGGGUGAAGAGCUCAGCUGCAGCCAGAAAAUAAAUACAGUUGGAACCAGUAAUGCAGAUAUCCCUUUGGCUGAUCCCGGAAUGUACCAGUUGGACAUCACGCUAAGAAGGGGUCAAAGUUUAGCUGCCCGGGAUCGAGGAGGAACAAGUGAUCCAUAUGUGAAGUUUAAAAUUGGAAGAAAAGAAGUUUUUAGAAGUAAAAUUAUACACAAGAACCUGAAUCCUGUAUGGGAGGAAAAGGCUAGCAUUCUUGUUGACCAUCUUAGAGAGCCACUGUAUAUCAAGGUAUUUGACUAUGAUUUUGGACUGCAAGAUGACUUUAUGGGCUCAGCCUUUCUCGAUCUUACACAAUUGGAGUUAAACAGGUCUACGGAUGUGUCCUUAACUCUGAAAGAUCCCCAUUACCCUGACCAUGACCUUGGAAUCAUUUUGCUGUCAGUCAUCCUUACCCCUAAGGAAGGCGAACCCAGGGAUGUGCAGAGUUCAAUCCCCAGCUCUCUUCAUUGGAGAAUUUGUGACAUAAAAACAAUGCUAAUGAGGAAGAGUUGGAAAAGAUCCAGUAAGGAACUCUCAGAAAAUGAAGUGUUUGGAUCUCACUUCUCUGUGCAGUCUUUCUUUUGGAGGUUUCAGACCCAAAGCUUACGUCUGUCAGAACAGCACAGGAAAUCACACCUGUGGAGAGGGAUUGUCAGCAUCACCCUGAUUGAGGGCCGAGACCUGAAAGCAAUGGAUUCCAAUGGGUUGAGUGAUCCCUAUGUGAAGUUCCGGCUGGGGCAUCAGAAGUACAAGAGUAAGAUUAUGCCCAAAACUUUGAAUCCUCAGUGGAGGGAGCAGUUUGAUUUCCAUCUCUAUGAAGAAAGAGGGGGGAUCAUUGACAUCACUGCCUGGGACAAGGACGCUGGGAAAAGGGAUGAUUUUAUUGGAAGGUGCCAGGUUGACCUGUCGUCCCUCAGUAGGGAGCAAACGCACAAGCUGGAGUUACAGCUGGAGGAGGGUGAAGGCCACCUGGUCCUGCUUGUCACUCUGACAGCCUCGGCCACAGUCAGUAUCUCCGACCUCUCUGUCCACUCCCUGGAGGACCAGAAGGAGCGGGGGGAAAUAUUAAAGAGAUAUAGUCCACUGAGGAUAUUUAACAACCUAAAAGAUGUGGGAUUUCUCCAGGUGAGAGUCAUCAGGGCUGAAGGUUUGAUGGCUGCUGAUGUCACAGGCAAGAGUGAUCCAUUUUGUGUAGUAGAACUGAACAAUGAUAGACUGCUAACACACACUGUCUACAAAAACCUCAAUCCUGAGUGGAACAAAGUGUUCACAUUCAACAUUAAAGACAUCCAUUCAGUCCUGGAAGUGACAGUUUAUGAUGAAGACCGUGACCGGAGUGCCGACUUUCUGGGCAGAGUUGCUAUACCAUUGCUGUCUAUUCAAAAUGGUGAACAGAAAGCCUACGUCCUGAAAAACAAGCAGCUGACAGGGCCAACAAAGGGGGUCAUCUAUCUUGAAAUAGAUGUGAUUUUUAAUGCUGUGAAAGCCAGCUUACGAACAUUAAUACCCAAAGAACAGAAGUACAUUGAAGAGGAAAACAGGCUCUCCAAACAGCUGCUUCUGAGAAACUUCAUCAGAACAAAGCAUUGUGUCAUGGUGCUGGUAAAUGCUGCGUACUACGUUAACAGUUGCUUUGAUUGGGAUUCACCCCCAAGGAGUCUUGCUGCUUUUGUGCUCUUCCUCUUUGUUGUCUGGAACUUUGAGCUCUACAUGAUACCACUAUUGUUAUUGUUACUCCUGACCUGGAACUACUUCCUCAUAGUAUCAGGGAAAGAUACCAGGCAACGAGAUACGGUAGUGGAGGACAUGCUAGAGGACGAGGAGGAAGAAGAUGACAAAGAUGACAAGGAUGGUGAAAAAAAAGGGUUUAUAAAUAAAAUCUAUGCCAUCCAAGAAGUAUGCAUCAGUGUCCAGAACAUCCUAGAUGAAGUGGCUUCCUUUGGCGAAAGGAUAAAGAAUACUUUCAACUGGACUGUCCCAUUCUUAAGCUGGCUGGCCAUUGUAGCCCUCUGUGUGUUCACAGUUAUUCUGUACUUCAUCCCACUGAGAUACAUUGUUCUUGUCUGGGGAAUUAAUAAAUUUACAAAAAAGCUUCGGAGUCCAUAUGCAAUUGAUAACAAUGAACUACUUGACUUCCUUUCCAGAGUUCCUUCAGAUGUACAAGUGGUGCAGUACCAAGAACUGAAAGCAGACCAUUCUCAUAGCCCAUAUAAAAGGAAGAAAAACAACCUUGGCUAGCCAGCUCCCCCAGCACUGAGGAGACCAGCAUGUUUGGGAAGAUAAAAGAAAAACCCUUCAGCCUCGGCAGCAUUUCCUUUCUUACUGCUUUUUAUUUAUUUCCCCUUUUUAUCAUGAGAAAAAUUGUAAAUAGUGUACAGAAGGCAUAUGUCUUUGAAAAUGUACUUCCAUUGUAUAGACCCAACUUGAUAAAGGAUUUCAGCCAGUGGAGUGUGGAAGUCUUGUUAGCUAUAGAUAAUAUAACCAACUGAAAGAAUAAAAAUAAUGGUUAUAAAACAGGAUGAAACGCAUCUCUCUAAUUAUAAGUGAAAGAACCAGAGUAUCAGAUUAAAUGCUCAACUGUACUCUGAUUAGAACUACAUAAAAUACAAUCGCCUAUUUGAUCUUAGGUUUGUUGUAAUGUGACUAUGUCUUAACUGAAAAGUAAAUCACUGGGUUUGUUUGUUUGUUUUGUUUUGUUUUUUAAUGUUUAUACAGUUCAGAAGCUUGAAUAAUGGAAAUGUUAUAUUUUAAUUUAACAUACAUUCUGACUUUCAUGCCUGUGUAAGUUCCUUCUGUAUGUCUAAGGCUGAUUUUAAGCUCAGGAGUACAGGCACAUUCAUAUACUUUGCUGUCUCCUCACACACAUCCCUUAAGAGAACCGAAAAGUUUAUGAAUAAAACUUGUAAGCCUUCUAUCAUUCCAUCUAAAUCCUUAAAAUCUCUCCAAAACUAUAUUAAAUAAAUACUGCCAGGUUUAUAAAUGAUUAUCAGAAUUUUUAUAUAUAUUUAUCACUAUUUAAUUCAUACUGUUAGCAAAUUAGCAGGCCAAAACAGU